AGAGAGCACUGAUGAGGGACUUGGAGGAGAUUGCAAGUAUUUCUCUUCAGGUUUCAUGUUGAGUGUUUAACCUCUUUUGGCAGUUUGGCUGAAUGAAGGUGCUGAUUUGAAAGCCGAGCUUUAUUCCGCUAUACGAUGGGGUGUUAGGAAGCGUAGCCAGCUAGCGCGGAGGAAUUAUUUUCUUCAUUUCUCUCACCGUGACGGCAAGGAAUGUAAUUCAAUCAGCAGCGCAGGUAGGGCUACCAGGUUGCUUCUACCCAUAUUUUCUCUCUCUCUCCUUGUUUCAUCCAGCGAUGAUGACCGGAAAAAGAGAAAAGAAUGGCUGGCGAGGUGUCCGUGGAGCGACAUGUUCUUCAGACCAUUGAGAGGUUAGCCUGCAUACAAAAGCAAUUAUCAAACCAGAACAGUUUCCAGACUGCCGCCAGGGAGCUACUAGAGUGGUGUACAGAUAUAAGGGCAUUCCAGAGACAGUUUGAGUCUUCUCUGAUCAACUGCCUCACAAUUGUGAGCCAAGUAGCACCACAGGGAGGCUACGAUCUAGACUUGGGAUACAGGCUUCUUGCUGUAUGUGCCGCUAACAGGGAUAAACUCAGCCAGAAAUCAUCAGGUAAGUGACUGUCUAGAAAGACUAACUGCAUUUUGUGUAGGAGUAUCAUACACAUUAACUAUCAUGAAUAAUUCAAGCAAUGUAAUUUCAAACAAUGUCUGUAAAUCAUAGGCUUCUUUGCGGUAGUAAAACAUGAAUAUAGAUAUGGAGAUCUUGAAAUUGUCUGGACAUAAAUCAUUUUUUUCAGAGUUAUGGAGGAUGAUGAUGGGGGGUAUUAAACUUAAAUAGAGGAAUGAAACAUCAAACAAUCAAUCUAGCAUACUUAGAACAUGCUUAUUUAUCUUUGUAAAUAAACCCUAGUCAAUCUUCCUAUGUGUAUUUUUAAAUUUGGAUUUAAGAUCCUAUUUUGCAAGUGAAAACUUAAAGAAGUAUAAUAAUGUUUUAAAUCUUGGACAAGUUUGGUCAGAUUCAGUUCUGUUGCCAUUUAGGUUACACCAGUGUUUUAAGUCAUAAACUUUAUAUAAGUUCAUACUCACCAGAUUAGCGAAAUUUUAAUGAGGAGCGUUGCACCAGCGUCGCGAACAAAACUUAUCACUCCUACGUUGUGUGAAAAGUAUAAGCAGAGGUAUUUAUUUAUUCAUUGUCAUUAAUGCAGUAUUUUAUUGAUGAAGAUAUCAUAAUCUUUGUGAAUUAAACCAAGAUAAUUUCUAUAUAACUGAAUUUACAGUGUAACCCUGUAUUGGGUCUGAUGAUUUCAAAUAUUUUAAUGCAAAGAUGAAUUUCUGGGUCUUAUAACACAGAACUUAACAUUUGAUCAUAUAAUUGAUAUCUGCAAUUAAUUUACACAAAAUUUUCAAUGCAACCUAUCAUAAAUAAGAGUGAUAUGAUAAAUUUCUUAGGUUUGAUUUACAGGGUAUUGGUCUACUGGCAAAUGUUAUUUUAUUUGUAUACAGAGUUCAAACAAAAUGCCAUUCAGUUGCAUGUGAUAAACCAUGACAGCAUUUCUUUUUUAAUGGCCUUUAUCCAAACCUAAUUAAAUAUGUCAUUAGAAAAUAAGGCUUCUAGAAGCUGUGAAAAUUAUUUCCCCUUCAAGAUGAUACCAAGAUAAGCAAAGAUAUAGAUAAACUAGAUUUUAACAUCUCUCCUUUAGAUUUAUGCUUUGCUGCCCUCUGAUGUGUAUUACAUUAUAGUUUUCAUAUCUGUUGACAUUGGUGCAAUGGUUUGGUGUGUCCUACUCCUACCAUUGCUUCCCCCGCUUUAUCAUUUUUACGUAUUGAUUUAUUACCCAUAUGAAUAAAUGGAGAAUCAUUAACCAAUUGUGUUAACCAAAUAACAUACUGCUUUCAUACUUCAAUAUCCACUGUGACGUUGGGGGGAAAUCCUUUAAAAAAUCACCAAUUAUAUACAAUUUUUCUUUUUGCUUUGAUAUUUGCUUACACUCUGAUCAUAUCUUAUUAGCAGUUAUGAUUGAUCUGAGCAUUCACAAUUAUGGAAAGCCAGCCAAACAUCUAGAAUGCAUAGUUUUUUACAGUGUAGGUGAGAGCGGGGUUAAUCCGCCCCCCCCCCCCCCCGGGGCAAGUCCGCCCACCACUUGAUUUUCCACUUUGCUGUGACUGGAUGUAGGUUUUGUUGAUGAUGUAAUGUUAACCUACCCAAAGGUAGCAACAUACCUUUGCGAGAGGUCAUCUGCUCGGAAUUCCAGAAAAUUACAGUGACUCGUCCAUUUCGAGGCCAUUUUGUAAAAAAGGAAUUUUUCAAAUUUCUUGUAUUUUUUAUAGACACUCAUGAAUGCAGUUAUAAUAUAUUUUUGUUAACAAAGGUGUGAUAUUUGCUUACUGAAAUAUUCCUUUGAUACUUCAAAAUAUGUUGUACAUUUUGCGAAAAAAAAGAGAAAAGAAAAUGGCUGCCUGGGGGGCUAGUUCGCUCCUUUUGCGAUGGGGCAGGUCCGCCCCACUUUUAUCUACAUAUAGACCCAUAGGCCUACAAAAAUAUCCUUAUAAACAUGACAUCACUUGCAAGUAUGUCAGUAUAUGUGCUAAAUCAUGAUAACUUUUGAUAGAUUAUCGAACAGAAGACGUUGUUCCAAUAUGAAAAAAAUGUUUGGUGUCAUUGAACACAUCAUUUUGUUUCAUAUAUCACUGUUUUUCCCUAUGGGUGAACUUGCCCCGCCUAAUCGGCGAACUUGCCCCAGGGUGGGGCAGGUUUGCCCUGCAGCGAAAAUUUUCUUUACGGCCCAUUUUUGCCAAAACAGUAUGCAUGUCCUAGCCAAAAAUAAGGUAUUAGGUAGAUAUUACCUUUAUACAUCCUAAAGCACAACCUUCCUGCUAACGAAAUGACGAUUCUCGAAGAUCUUGAAAAAAAAAGGGGGCGGACUCGUUCCGCUCUCCCCUAUUCUUUAAAUAUGAUGCGCAGUCAUGUCUAAAGUGUCUUGACAAUCUAGUGUGCUCUUUGUUCCAAAGGAAUAUUGUGUAAACUGCUAUUAUGAAAAAUAAUGGCAUUGAUUGAUUUCUAUAUUUGAAAUUGAUCGGAUCAAUCUCAAAUUUUUGUAAGAUUGGGUUUUGGUAUUUAAGCACUUUAAUGUGGAUACAUUAUAUCGUCUGCUCCUCAUCUCAUGGAUAAGAAAUCUUGAAGAGUGGAGGAUAUUCGGUCAGUUUUGCAGAUAGCAAACUGUAGAUAUAUAGAG